AUGGCUUCAGCGGUCUUGUCGGAGAACACACCGUCGAGCCGCGAGUCGACUCGACCAACGGCCGACUCGUUGUCCCGGCGUCAGCAGCUCGACGUUGCCGUGAUCGGCGCAGGCGCCGCGGGACUGGCCGCUGCGCGCGAGCUGAUGCGAGAGGGGCACGCCGUGACUGUGAUUGAAGCGGGGGGUGCAGCAGGAGGGAUUGGGAAUGGGGAGAGGGUGGAAGGGAGGGAGGAAGGGAGAAAGGAGGAGAGGGAGGUAAGGGCGGAGGAAGGGGAGGAGGAGAGGGAGUUUGAUGUAUUGGUGGUGUGUAACGGUCACUAUUCACAGCCCAAGAUUGCAAGCAUAGCGGGUGUGGACACGUGGCCAGGCAUUCAGAUGCACAGCCACAACUACCGCCACCCAGAGGGGUUUGCAGGCAAGGUGAGGCGCCACCCAGAGGGGUUUGCAGGCAAGGUGAGGCGCCACCCAGAGGGGUUUGCACGCAAGGUGGUGGUGAUGGUGGGCGCGGAGGUGAGUGGGCUGGACAUAGCAAGGGAGCUGGCCGCAGUGGCACGAGAGGUGCACAUCUGCGCGCGGGAAGGUGGGGGCCGGAAGAUGUUGGUGGAACACUGGCGCUUGCACAUCUCAAACUUCUCUUCUCCCCAUCCCACCCCAUGGCAGGUGGUGGUGGUGGUGGGCGCAGAGGCGAGUGGGCAGGACAUAGCGAGGGAGGUGGCGGCAGUGGCACGAGAGGUGCACAUCUGCGCGCGGGAAGGUGGGGGCCGGAAGAUGUUGGUGGAACACUGGCGCUUGCACAUCUCAAACUUCUCUUCUCCCCAUCCCACCCCAUGGCAGGUGGUGGUGGUGGUGGGCGCAGAGGCGAGUGGGCAGGACAUAGCGAGGGAGGUGGCAGCAGUGGCACGAGAGGUGCACAUCUGCGCGCGAGGCUGGCGCUCUUCUCCUGCCGCUGCAGCUGCUGUUGCUGGUGCUGGUGCUGGUGCAGCCACCGGGGCAAUAGAGACGGGGUGGGAGGAGCUGCCUCUUUUUCCUCUCCUGAUUUUCUUAGGCGCCUCAAGGAUUCCUCCCACCCCCACUUUUUUCUGCCCCUUCCGCCACUUCUGCACCUUCUGCCCCGUCUGCCCCUCCCCUUCCCCCCCUUCCCCCCCUUCCGCCCCUUCCCCCCCUUCCGCCCCUUCCGCCCCUUCCGCCCCUUCUGCCCCUUCCCCCCCUCCCCCCCUGCCGCCCCUUCCGCCCCACUGCACGCGAGCGCAGAUCAAGCAAGCCAACGCAGAUGGGACGGUGGAGUUUGAAGAUGGGUUCACAUGCCAUGCUGACGUCAUCAUGCACUGCACCGGGUGUGUGUCUGUGCCUGUGCUGACAUCACAUGGACUCGUUCUUGCCCACUCCAUCUACAGCUUCUCCUUCCCUUUCCUCGCCCUCCCCCCCUCCCUCCUCUCCGUCGAUACCGGUCGUGUGACUCCCUUGUUCCGCCACGUCCUGCCUCCUGCACUCGCUCCCUCGCUCUCCUUCAUCGGCCUCCCCUGGAAGGUCGUCCCCUUUCCUCUAUGUCAGCUGCAGGCGCGGUGGGUGGCGCAGCUGCUAUCCGGCCAGCUGCCCGUGCCGCCCAGAUCCGAUAUGGAGGACGGCGUGCGUCGUCUGUAUGCACGCAUGGAGGAGCAGGGCGUGCCUGAGAGAUACGCCCACAGGCUGGAUAUGGAACAGGGUGUGCCUGAGAGAUACGCCCACAGGCUGGAUAUGGAGCAGGUACGGCUUGGGACAGGUGCGGCCCGGGACAGAGCUACGCCCACAGGCUGGCUGGAUAUGGAGCAGGUACGACCUGGGGGAGGUGCACAGGUAAGGCCUGGAGCAGGUAAGACCUGGAGCAGGUAA